AUGAUUGCCAAUAGGAUACAGUUUGAUGCUGUCAAGCAUGAUAUCUUCCAUCCCAACCAACUUGGCAGCAUUCACCAAAGGUCAACUGAGGAUGCUGGAUUGAUUCUGACUCAUCUCGUGCAAGCGGGGUGGGUUAAGGGCCUCCAGACUAGCGUGCUGGCUUUUGACAUCAUGCAGUUCUUCCCUUCUAUCAACCAUGAGAUGUUCAUGGCUGUACUUCGCAAGCAAGGGUUCUUGCCAGUUCUGGUGGAGUUCUUUGCCUCUUAUCUUGUUGGUCGCUCCACAGUUUACUGCUGGAACACCUUCCAAUCCGACUCGUGGUCUGCGGACAUGGGUGUCGGGCAGGGCUCAGCUCUCUCGCCUGUUAUUUCUGGGCUGUUCAUUGCUCUGGUAAUGAAGCUCUUCUAUAUCAAAGCAGCACCGCUCAACACAACGCUGCUUUCCUUUGUGGAUGACAGGACCAUUCUGGCCCAAUCCAAACAACUUGAUGAUAAUAAUGUGGGCCUGCGUAAGGCCUACAAGAUUAUCUACCUUCUCUUUGUUGCUUUCGCACUCGUUCUUGAACAUGACAAGACCGAGCUGUUCCAUUUUUCGCGUCGACGAGAUGCCUACAAUCCCUCGCUGGAUUUGGGGUACGCCCCGCAUACCCGUGCUACACCUUUGAAGCCCAAGACCUAUUGGAGGUACUUGGGCUUCUACUUUGACCGCGGGCUCAUGUUUCAUGAGCACGUCCGCUACUAUGCCACUAAGGCGUUCACCACCAUGCAAGCCAUGCGCAUGCUCGGGAACUCUACUAGAGGUCUCUCGCCUAAACAGUGCUGCCUAUUAUAUCGGUCGUGUGUGGUUCCCAUUGCCACAUACAGUUAUCGUCUCUGGUAUUUCGACGGCGCCUGUAAUAAGGGCGCGAUGAACCAGCUCAAAUGGAUGCAGCGAAAAGCUGCUCUAUGGAUCACCGGUGCCUUCUGCACCUCACCCACAGGCGGUCUUGAGGCCCUCGCUGGACUCAUCCCCGUUCAUCUCAUGCUGAAGAAGCUGGUGACGUGCGCAGUGUAUCGUGUCGCUACCCUCUCAGACACUCACCCUCUUCGCUCCAUGAUGGGCGAGGGGCUUCUCAAACGGGCUGAACCUCAUGCCUGCUCUGCCGUGUUGAUGACCCCAGCUAUGCGGGGGAAAGUCAAGAGCACCAUCAUGGAGGUGGAUAAAGGUGUCCACACCUUAACUGAGAGCUUCGAGCCGUUUGCGCCUGAAGCUCGCCCAGGCGUCCCAUCCGCUCUGCGGUGGGAUAUCCAUGGUGAAGCACACAAGUACGUCACCGAGCUCAAAGUCAGGGUUGGACGUCGCAAGACGGACAACUCUAUAGAUGCGCUACGCUCUCAAGCGGCACACUCAGUCCUGGAUUCGUGGAGCUCCACUUUCCAGGAUCCAACCUACCGAGGCUCUGAAUUCUUAGAGCUUCAACAGCCUGACGGGCGGCUGCUACAGCCAUCGUACCUCAAUGGAGGACCUUGGCUUUCAACCUUUGGACACAGUAUCACUGAGUUCGCUCACGUUUGCCAGUGUAUAACUGGCCAUGCACCCAUUGGAGCAUAUUACUGUUGCUUCAAGAUCAACGAGCCUCAUGGCUGCACUUGCGGGCUGCUCUGCAGUCUCGCCAGCACGUCCUCUUUCGCUGUUGCGAUCGCUACUCCGUGCAUUACCCCCGCUUUCUUGGGGAUAUUGCAUCUUUUAUGA